AUGGAUCCUGCCAUAGUGGGAAGUGCUCAAUUCGGGCUCCUCUUCAAGACAAAGUUCCCCGGAACAUACCCAGUCGGAGGACAAAACAUCGCGGAACAAAUCUUUUCACAACCUUUGGUGUACACCGGUUCUGAUGGCGUUCAAUAUAUCUACGUGGCAACAACUCAGAACAAUGUCUACAAGAUCACUGCGAAGACGGGGGUCAUCGUGGCAUCUCGCAAUCUUCAUCGGCCCUUCCUCGUCAGUGACUUGGCUGGUUGCGUGGACAUCAAUCCAACAAUUGGGAUCACUGCGACUGGGGUUAUUGAUCCAGCUACAGAUACUUGGUACUUGACGGCGAAGACAUAUGUCGAUCAAAACCUCAAUGGCCCAUCUGGACGGCCCAAUGGCCGCUAUUAUAUCCAUGCCAUUAGUACCGUCGACUUGACUGAGCGGCCCAAUUUUCCUGUUGAUCUCGAAGGAAUGGUAGCUAGGAACAAUCCGGUUCGGUCAUUCAAUGGUGGUAUUCAUCACCAACGACCAGCUUUGCUUCAUACUGGAGAUUUUGUCUAUGCAGGAUUUGCUAGCCACUGUGUUCAAUGGAACUUUACCGGCUGGAUCGUUGGCUGGCACAAGGGCACAGGACAGUUGGUUGAACGCUUUGCAACUGAAGGUGCUGGAGUUGGUCCCAAUGUACCAGGUGCGGGAGUGUGGAUGUCUGGAGGCGGUCUUGCAAGCGAUGACAAAGGGUCCAUGUUCUUUGCUACUGGAAAUGGUUAUGCCUCUCAACUUGAUAGUGUACCAGUCAAUGGGCGAAAUCCACCGACUUCUCUCGAAGAAGCUGCGGUACAUAUGUCUAUCAAUACGGAUGGCUCUCUGACUGUUGUCGAUUUCUUUAUGCCCUGGGAGAAGAAGCAAUUGGACGGGGCUGAUAAAGGUAUGAUUCGAUGUCAUUAUGUUACAUCAACGACACAGGCUGACCCGAGCCCAGAUCUUGGAACUUCCCCGCUACAGAUCCUUCCGAGUCAAUUCUCGUGUGGGAAUAUCAAACGUAUCGGUGUUGUGACUGGCAAAAGCGGCAAAACCUAUUGGCUCGAUCUUGAUAACCUGGGAGGCUACCAAAACGGUCCAAACAAGCUCGACAGCGUCAUUCAGGUUGAACAGAAUGAGAACUCUGCCUAUGCCGGUGCUGGUGUAUAUCCCUUUGAGGGAGGAUAUAUUUACAUUAAUGUCAUUCAGUACGAGACGCAUGUUUUCAAAUUCUCCUGCAGUGGCGGCAUUCCCUCUUUCAACAAGGUUGCCGAUUCGCCUGAGAAGAAUGCUUACGUCCUUGGUGUUGGUCACGGCACAGUCACAUCUUUACGUGAUGAGCCUGGCACUGGGCUUCUUUGGACGUCAGAUGUUGAAGGUUCGAAUCUUCGGAUUUACAAUGCUAUCCCCAAUGGCAGGCUACUCAACGAGAUUAACUCGUUUGUGACUCCGGGCACGACGAAGUUCACUCGACCUGUCUUCGGAGAUGGAGUUGCUUACCAAGGGACAACUCAGGGCUUCAUAUAUGCCUACGGGUCUCCCGUCAAUCUACCACUGAACUGCACAUCACUUCAAUUUGGGACCGUAAAUCUCAACACUACAACAUCACCAAUGAUGAUGCAAUGCAAGGCUAAUACUGCUGUCACCGUUACAGCCGCAGCAGUAUCAGGUAAUCCAAACUUCGCAAUCAGCGGAUUUACUAUACCUAUCUCUCUCGCAAAAGAUCAAUUGUUCCAAAUCCAAACCACUUUCACCCCUCAACAAGUUGGUCCUCUGUCGUCUUCAAUCAUACUGAACACUACUCAGCAGGCCGCUGGCUUCAGUAUUAAUACUCCUGUCCAGCUCAGAGGGACUGGGCAGAGUCAAGCACCUCUCUUGAUGGUGAAUCCGAAUACUGUGACCUGGAACGGUGUCAUUACAGGCCAGCAGCUGGGUGGUGUCAACCAAUCUUUAGUUCUGAGCAAUGCUGGAAAUAGUCAAUUGACGAUCAACAAAGUCCAAUACUCUGUGGUAGGAGAAACAGGCCCGUGGAUCACGCCAAACGGUACUACAGAUCGACCCCUUGUAUCUGCGUUUACGUUCUACAGUAUGCCGACAUCAAUACCUCCAAAUAGUGCGGUCACUGUUCCGAUCAAUUUCAACCCUCCAUCAAGCGGAAACUAUGGUGUAUAUGUUCAAUUUAUCUCCACGGGAGGAACGAAAGUUCUUGAUGUUCUCGCUGCGGGAACUGAUCAACCCAAUGCCCUGCUUGAAUUUCAAGCCGUCGAUGGCACUUGGACUUCUUAUGACAGCAAGAAGCCCUUCAAUUUCGGCAACGUCACUCAGAGCACCAGCCGAUACCUAAAACUCCGUCUGACGAACAAUGGAACCAAAAGUGCCGCUCCCAUCUCCGUGACGGUCAGCAAACCGCCUUUCGGUAUACCAGGCAGUAUCAUUGGGGCCAAUAAUCAGGUUGAUCUCGCCGAAGGUACCUUGAUAUACGCUGGUCAGAACGCUACUGCGACCUUGUUCUGUUCUGUACCUAGAAGUCAGAUCAAUGUCGACCCAUACAACGGUACAGCCAUGUGGACCAUGAAUCUGAAUGAUCCCAAAUUCGGCAAACAGUUCAUUCAAUUCACCUGCAAUGCUGUCUCUGAGCAAGCUCCACCAUUGAAUCAAGCAACUCAACAAGGCAUAUAUCGCUAUGCUGGAUGUUUCAAAGAGAACAAUCCUGGUCGACAACUCCAGGUUGCUGUUUACAAUGGUCCACAGAAUACGAAUGAAAAAUGCAUCGCUUCAUGUUCUGCUGGUGGUUACAUCUUUGCAGGUACGCAAUACAACCAAGAGUGUUGGUGUGGCUACAAUCGCCCCAAGCUUGUCACCAUGGAUUCCAAUUGUCAGUUUCCAUGUUCUGGCAAUAUUACUCAGAGCUGUGGUGGCAAUGGAGUUGACGGGACAGGUUCGUUCAUUUCAUUGUUUGGAGACACUACACGUUGGAAUGGAAAUACCACUGAUGUUCCAGGACCUUACGUCAACCCAGGCACGCUCGGGUUCUCAAGCUUGGGAUGCUAUACCGAGCCCAACAAUGGCAGAGCACUACCUGUACAGAAGAACGCGGACAACACUGUUGCCGGAUGCUUGAGAGCAUGUCAAGGAUAUAGCUACUCGGGCGUUGAGUAUGGCGGACAAUGCUUCUGUGGUAAUACACUUGCAAGUGCAUCCUUGAGUACCAGCUCGUCCGAAUGUGGUAUGACCUGUGGAAACAAUCAGACGGAGUAUUGCGGCGGCCCAAGCCGUCUCAACAUGUAUAUGUAUGGUGGUGGCUCUACGGUACCAACCCCACCGUCAAACCCAGAUCCAGGCAAUCCGAACCCAUCAGAUCCACCAUCGGGGCUCAUUACCCCUUCAACUAUCCUCAACUUCACUUAUCAGUCCUGCUACACCGAAGCCACGACGGGCAGAGCCCUUACAUCCUUCGCAUCAGCCGAUUCCAGUAUCACCUUGCAGACAUGUGCUUCAAGUUGUACUCAAUACCAGUAUUUUGGAGUCGAAUAUGGUCGCGAAUGCUAUUGCGGCAACACUCUUAGUACCGGAUCAGCUCCAGUCUCGGACGGCCGCUGCAACAUGGCAUGUGCCGGCAAUUCCAGUAUGGUCUGUGGAGGACCAAACGGAUUGACAAUGUACAAAAACCUCAGUUUUGUGCCUGGUUCUGACACUCCCAGCAAUCCACCAGUUCCGGCAGGUCCUUCAGUCGUCUCAACUAUUGGAAACUGGCAAUAUGUUGACUGUCACACUGAAGUUCCAGGACGAGCAUUGACAGGCAAGGCCGUUGCAAGCAACGAUAUGACAACUGCGUAUUGUGCGGGCAAUUGUACCGGAUUCAAUUUCUUUGGUGUUGAAUGGUAG